UGCAAAUGAGCCCGUGUUGCCGAAGUGUACAGGGGGGCUGGGUUUAAACGCUGUGGUGUGCAUAUGGGACUGUACUGUAUGCUUCCUGGGUUCGGUAAGCGCCACAGUUUUUCAUGCCAGUCUAGCACAGCCCUAUGAGAAAGCGAGAGUGCCUGUGUAAAUUUGUGCGGCAAGGUUGCUACCCAAACCGAAGAAAGCCUACCGGACGAUGACAAGCCAGGAUACAGCGGCUAGUAGAGGACAUUAUCCUGUGAACUAAAGGAAUUCGCCGUAUCAUAUAGGCAUUCUGUUGUAAUCGACCAUUUGGAGAGAAAAAAAAACAGACGGUCAAACGAAGUUGCGCGCACGGAAUGUUCAUCAAAGAUUAAUUAUUGUGUUCGUAGCUAAUAUCAGCCCGGUGAAACCUUGCAUCGGCUUUUGGGGAUCUUUAGGCUAUGAAUGAGGCGACAUUGGGUAUCCGAAAUUUUCUAGGAAUUGGGAGUGAAUGGAACUAGGCUAAAAUCUCUAAAUUGAUUGAGCAUCAUUGAGGAACGCAGUUGUAGACUUUAUCGUAGUAGCCUACUUGGAGCAUUUUCCGUGGAUGUAAGUAGCUACAAUACUCCAUCACCUAAAGGAAGAGAAGACCAUUCAUUACUGGUUGUGUGAUCAGAAUAAAAACAGCACCAGGAGCUUCCAUUGAAACCCGAAAGAAACAUGUGAAGACCCUGGUGAAGAUAAAAGCUUGAACCUAGCCUUUGAGAACACAAAGAGGAAGGUAGCCUCCCUCCAACUCCUCCUCCAUCCUACCCCUGUUCAGUCUGCUGUUACCUUGUUGCAGAGCCCCUAGUGGUAUGGAGGGCCGACGGUCGCGGCGAGUCACACAAUACAGCGCCAGGACUUUCCCAGCGGGCCCUACACGUGGCGCUGUGCUGGCCAUGCUGGGCUGCUGGGUGUUAGCUGUCGCUGCCACCGUGUGCCAAGGCCAGACCACCUUCACCAGCUUCCACCCAGAGCGCCGGGAGUGGGCCUUCAACCAUCUGACGGUCCACCAGACAACUGGGGCGCUCUACAUCGGAGCAGUCAACCGUGUCUACAAGCUAUCAGGCAACCUGACCCUGAUGGUGUCCCACGACACAGGCCCUGAGGACGAUAACAAGGCCUGCUACCCGCCCCUCAUCGUCCAGCCCUGCUCUGAACCCCUGACCUCCACUAACAACGUCAACAAGCUGCUCCUCAUAGACUACAGCCAGAAUCGCCUUCUGGCCUGCGGUAGCCUCUACCAGGGAGUCUGUAAACUCCUUCGUCUGGACGACCUGUUUAUCCUAGUGGAGCCGUCCCAUAAGAAAGAGCACUACCUCUCCAGUGUCAACCAGACAGGCACCAUGUACGGGGUAAUCGUGCCCUCCCAUGGCCAGGACGGGACUCUCUUCAUCGGAACGGCAGUAGACGGCAAGCAGGACUACUUCCCUACCAUCUCUAGCCGUAAGCUGCCCCGUGACCCAGAGUCCUCAGCCAUGCUUGACUACGAGCUCCACACGGACUUCGUCUCGUCUCUGAUAAAGAUCCCGUCAGACACGCUUGCGCUGGUGUCCCACUUCGACAUCUACUAUGUGUAUGGCUUCGCCAGCGGCUCCUUCGUCUACUUCCUGACCGUCCAGCCCGAGACGCCGGAGAACAGCAUGUCAUCAGGCGGAUCCUCCAACGACCUCUUCUACACCUCGCGCAUCGUACGCCUCUGCAAGGACGACCACAAGUUCCACUCGUACGUCUCCUUACCCGUGGGCUGCGUGAGGAAUGGCGUGGAGUACCGUCUCCUGCAGGCUGCCUACCUAGCCAAGCCGGGCCGCGUGCUGGCCGCCUCGCUCAACAUCAGCUCCACGGACGACGUGCUCUUCACCGUGUUCUCCAAGGGCCAGAAGCAGUACCACCAGCCACCAGAUGACUCUGCGCUCUGCGUGUUCACCAUCAAGGACAUCAACGCCCGCAUCAAGGAGCGCCUGCAGUCCUGCUACCAGGGAGAGGGCAACCUGGAGCUCAACUGGCUGCUGGGGAAAGACGUGCAGUGCACAAAAGCGCCGGUGCCCAUUGAUGACUCGUUCUGUGGUCUGGACAUCAACCAGCCCCUAGGCGGCUCUCAGCUGGUGACGGGACACACCCUCUACACAGAGACACGGGACCGCAUGACCUCUGUCACCUCCUACGUCUACAACGGAUACUGCGUGGCCUUCGUUGGCACCAAGAGCGGACGCCUCAAAAAGAUCCGUGUGGACGGUCCUCCUCACGGUGGGGUGCAGUAUGAGACGAAGCUGGUCAUCAAGGAUGGCAGCCCCAUCCUCAGAGACAUGGCCUUCUCUCUGGACCACAACUACCUCUACGUCAUGUCAGAAAAACAGGUGAGUAAAGCCACACACACACACAUUGACGCACACGCACACGCACACACACACAAUGCUGCUGUUCGGUAGAAGACAGGUCACAGGGGUACAUUGUGACUGCACGUACAGCUGAUAUCAAGCAGCAUUGAUAAUGACACGGCAAAGUGUGUGUGUGUUUGCAUGCUCUGAUAGCCCCCCCACCCCUUUGUGUGGCACUAUAAGUAACCAGGGUGGCACGCAAGUGGUGUGGGGGGGUGACAGUAUCUGGUAAUGUAGGAAGGAGAGGGAUGUAGGGAUGAGGGUAGAGAGGGAGGGAGAGAGAGAGAGAGAGAUGGAGGAGACAGAGCAUAGGGAACUGGCUGGCUGGAUGGCUGGCUGGCUGGCUGCGUGGUAUGAAGAAAGAGUGAGUGAUGAGGGACAGCUGGAGGAGUGAGGAGGAGGAGACAAAGUGCAAGGUCACCCCGUCACCACACUUCUAAUGAAGUGACAAAGCGUGGCCACCACAGCAGCAGCUGAUAGCAGAUAGCCAUCAAUAGGCCCUCAUAUUAAACAGGCUCAGAGGAGAAGAGAGCAGAGCCUCAAAGACAUCCGGCUACACAGCAUUACGCUGUCAUACAGAGGUGACAGAUGACUGUCUCUCCUCUCCUCCUACCUUUAAAGAGAAACUAACUGGCCUCCACUGGGCCCGAGGAGGGACUGAGGCAGGUCACACAAGGAAGGAGACUGGCUCUGUAUAUGGCAAGGCUGGAAUACCCUGGUAGCUAGCUUCUGGCUACUCUAUCUAGACGACCUGCCAUCACCAACAGCCCCUGUAGUCUCCUCUAGUCACAUGAUCAGGAAAGCAAAGGAAUAGGCAUCCCUGAUUUGGUUGAUUCCUGCACAUGCCCGGUGUACGUUGCUAGGCUGCUGAUUGGUGCUGAUGUAUUUUAGAGUGUCUUCCAGUUGUGCUUUGGUCUCGGUGCAGGCUUUGAUUUGUCGCCUCCGUAGAGUCCUUCCCUUCACUCAGUCAUGGGUGAAGAAGAGUAGUGAUGUGUCCAUUGUUGUUGAUGUCACUCGUAUUUUGGCAGUGGGCGCCUGUCUCUCUCUCUCUCUCUAGGUGCUAGUGGGGGCGUAGAGAAUGUGGAUGAGGACGUCACACCGCCAUUGACUUGUUGCCGUGCUUGUUGCCGUGCAUGUUCAACGGCGCUGCUUCUCUGCUCCACAGUCACACUUCACAGAGUAACAGGAUUAGGAUUCAGCCCAGUCAGACACGCUCUAUACUACACACCCACAGCUCUUCCUCUCUUUCCGUCUUUCUGUCUUCCUUUCUCUCGCUCUCUCGAUCUUUCUCCAUCUCUGUCGCUCUGUCCUUCGCUACCCCCUCUCUUUCUAUUUCUCCUGUAACACUCAGCAAAUCCUGCCACCCGGCCUUACCCUGGCCUAAUUCGUUGGGACAUGGCUGUGGGUUGAGCGUACCGUCAUGCCAAGGUUCUGAUUGUGUCUCUAAAGUGUGAUAAUCUGUCUUGUGACUUCUCUAUGUGACACCCUGUCUUUUCACACGCGGAAGGAGAACAUUUCUUAGUACCCGGGUAGUCCAGCGACUCAUAUCAGUACUUCGUAAUGAUACAGCAUCUCCUAUCGCCGCUACCACAGAAUAUAGCCUGAGGAAACCUGUGACGGUCGUCAUCAGACCGGACCGUUACCGCAACAUCCCUCGACUGAUAGUGAAUAACAUUGUACAUUGUAUACAGCCAGUCACUUGACAAUGACUCAUAGCCUUGAAGAGCGUGUAACACUGACACCCCUACCCUUAUUCCACUGUGUCCACUGCCCACAUGAUGCCGUGAUCACAGCUCCUCAGCAUCAUGGGUUGCCUCUGAUAGAGACGACACCCUGUUCCAUCGUCGAGGCGUUGGAAGCGAAACACAUGAUUUAAGUAGAUGAUAAACAAAAGGGAGGGGGGGUGAUAGCAAAUUGAAGAGUGGAGAGGGGACAGAUUUGGCUCCAGUUGUUGCUUCCUACUCGGAAUAACAAUGAGACUGUGUGUGUGUCUGGCGCAGGGAUGAAGAGGCUGGCAGAGAGGGAGAGAGAAAGAGGGUGGGUGUGUGUGUGUGUGUGUUGGGCUCAUGGUGGUAAUGUUUGCAGAGAGCAGAGGGAGCCCACUCCAGGAUCUGGCCUCUCAGACAGAUCUCCAUCACACCCCUCUGUGUGUGUUGUGUCAGGGGUGAGAAGGAUGUGGGAGGUGUGGAGCGCUUACACACACACACACACACACACACACACACACACACACACACACACACACACACACACACACACACACACACACACACACACACACACACACACACACACACACACACACACACACACACACACACACACACACACACACACACACACACACACCUUCUCUGGUCUUAUUUGCAUUGAUUCUCUGAUACUGUUCUGGCUCUGGCUUUCACACACACACUCACGCAAAUGCUAUAAUUACACACACUUGUGAACACUGCUCUCUACAUUCAAUAUUCAAAUGAAUGUCUUCGAAAUGCUUUGUGCCUCUACAUCCAGCCUCUCUCUCACUAUACAGUAUAGAUUACAUCUAGUGCAUAUGCAUAGACCCUGUUCAUUUACUCUGUUAAGGAGUAUUCGGAAGACAUUGUCUAGCACUUACAAAGGACUCUCCAUCUCUCUGACUCAUUCGCUCGCUCGCACGCACACACACACACACACACACCCUCGCUCACGCACAUUUCUCAAAUGUCUCUUUUUUAUUCGAUCAAUUGAAAUCGUAGUGCCAUCUCAAACUAGCUUUUGUUUUUCCAGCUUUAAUGACAAUACCAUCCACCAUAGUAAUGAUCCAGUCAGAUUGGUCCAAUGUGAGGCAGUGUGCUGGAACUGAUGAAAGAGCUGGCUGAAUGGCUGCCUUUCUUCAGGAGUUAUGUGUGUGUGUGUGUGUGUGUGUGUGUG